AUGAUCAUUCAAGAGGAUCGGAAAGUCUUGUGGAGAGAAUUGCCCUUUGAGAUUGUCGUUGAUCACAUCUUUCAAUAUUUGGAUGAAUUGUGGUUAUUUAGGAAUGCGAGAAGAGUGUGUAGAGAGUGGAAUUGCGUCAUUACUGGAAUAAGAUUGGAUGAAUUGAAUGAAAAGAAACAACAACAACAUUAUUCUACGUUGGGAUUUAAAAAACUUGAUGGAGUAGAUUUGAAACAAAACAUGUCCCAAUUGCAAGCCUUUUACAACUGUUGCAAGAAAGGUUAUUUCAGAAAUGUUCGUGAAUUAAACAUGGGUGGAUGGAACGAUGAGUAUAUGGAGAGAGAUGAAAGACUCACCGAUCUAUUUAACUUCUUACCCAAUCUCACAAAAUUAGAUGUAUCCUGCAAACCGACAUUAUUUAAUAAUAACUUUGGUAGUGUUGGAUGUCAAGCAUUAUUGGAAGCUUAUUUGCAACACUUGAGUUACUUGAAUAUGAAUUGUUGUCGUCUGGAUGGGGAAGCUUUUUCAAGGUUAUCUCUAUUGUAUACAGUCCAAUAUUUGCAUUUGAGUCAAACGCGUUUGACGGAAUGGAGUUGUUGUUCAUUCCUGUCGAGAGGUCCAUUAUUGGAAUAUGUAAAAGAGUUGGAUCUGAGCAAAAACGGGAAUGUUUGUUAUGUUAUGAUUUGA